CGAAACCGCUUUCUCUGUCUCAGUCUGACACAUAUGUUGUCUCACUCUCAGUGUUGUGCUGGGCGUGUUUUUGUCGCUCCGUGUUAUCAAAUGUGUUGAUUUGAUAUUAAAGAUAAUCCCAAAAUGGGCUUUAAAGAUAGGACUUAUCUUUGCUUUGCUCUGCUGAUAUUGUUUAGUGUUUUUGUGAUAAGUGCAGUUUCAGCAUUUUUCCUAGUCCUCAGACAUAACAAAAGUAGAAAAAGCCAGAAUUUUUGGAAAACCACGCAAUUUAACACCGAGGAGCCCGAAGAUAAACGCAUUAAGAUAGUAUGGUGCACAAUAAGCCGGGCAGAGCAACGGAAAUGCAAAAACUUCGCUAUGGCAAACGAACGCGACCAGAUCCGAGUGGGCUACGAUUAUUUCAAAAUCGAGUGUUUACAAGCGUUUGAUAAAGACGAGUGUAUGACUCUCCUAGACCAGGAGAAGGCCACUCUGACCACCCUUGACGCGGGGGAGGUGUUCGUGGGCGGGCGCUACAACAGUCUCGUGCCCAUUGCCCAGGAGGUCCUAGAAGGGGGGCUCCAGCACUAUUACGCCGUCGCGGCGGUCAAAAAGGGCACCCUGCCCCAUGUCAAUUCGUUGUUUGAUUUGAGAGGGGUCAAGGCCUGCUUCGCAGGCGUUGAAACUUUUGCUGGAUGGGUUGUCCCGAUUUACACAUUGAUGAACGAGGGUGGGUUAGAUGUUGUUGAUUGCAAUAAUCACGUCAAGUCGGCUACGAAAUACUUUGGGCCGUCGUGCGCCGUCAACUGUCUCACCAACAAGUACAACCCCAUUGGUGAUAAUUCCGACAGGUUGUGCCAACUUUGUAUCGGAAAAAUCCCCGGGGGGCGGUGCACUAGCUCUGACCCCUACUCAGGUUACGAGGGGGCGUUCCGUUGUCUCUUGGAGGCCGGAGAUGUAGCAUUUGUCAAACAUACAACGAUUCCGUCACUUGUGGCCGGAGACAAUUUUGUGUCGAUUUCGAAAGAUUCCUUCGAAUUGCUAUGCAAGGACGGCAGUCGGCGCCCGAUUGACGACUACAUGUCGUGCAAUUGGGGCAAAGUCCCGUCGGACGCAAUCGUGACCACUUCAGCCUCUUCCUUUGAAAAACGCAAGAUUUACCAAAAAUUCCUCGAAAAGGCCGCGAAAAUGUACAGUUUUGGCAAUCAGAACAACGGGACGCAUCGCUACGAUGAUCAGAAUCGGAAUUCUUACGAUGAUCGGCAGCCACAGUAUGAUCAGUUCGGGAACAGGAUUGAUCAGCCUAACUAUGAUCAGUACGGAGGGAGGCCGAGGUACAAAAGGCAGAAUUUUGGGGAUUUUGGGACGCAAAAUAGGCCCCAACAUGACCCCAACAUCCCACAGUAUGAGGAAAACCGGCCGCAGUAUGACCGAAAUAAUUACAACCCAUAUGGGCGUGAUAGGCCACACAACGAAAGCGAUUACCGACCAUAUGGCCAAGACAAGCGUCCGUAUGACCAAGAACCGGGAAGUCGGGAUAGGGGGCAGGAAUAUCCGUUUGAUCCACGGUACUUUAACCGGGAGGAAUAUGGAGAGAAUAUUGACCCAUAUGGUACAAGGAGAAAACCCUCAGUCUACAAUAAUAGCAUUCCAGACUAUUAUGAUUACAACAGGAAUAACACGUUUUAUGAAGUUUUUAAUUUGUUUGAGUCAUCGCCGCGUUAUGGGAUUCACGGAAAUCUACUAUUUCAAGAUAUGACACGGGAAAUUGCGCCACUCAAUGAAAAUCUGCAAACUUACUCGAACUUUUUGGGCAGUUCCAUGAACAUUAUUAUGGGGGUUAGGGUGUGUCAGGUCAAUAGAAUGACCCUCUGUGUGACUUCGGACGUUGAGCGAAACAAAUGCGUGAAGAUGAGGACGGCGUUGAAAGCCCACCUCCUCAAGCCCGAAAUGGACUGCUACAAAGGCCACUCGCAGAUCCACUGCAUGCAGGCCAUCAGAUCGGGCCUUGCCGACGUCGCUGUGUUGGACGCCAGCGACGUCUACACCGCCGGCCUAAACUUCGACCUCAUCCCCUUCAUGAGCGAGAUGUACAACUUAAACGAACCCGAAUACUAUGUCGUGGCUGUGGGCAAAGAAUCCGACCCCUCAACCGAACUGACAUACCUCCGAGGCAAGUACACUUGCCACGGAGGCAUCAACACUGCCGCCGGUUGGGUGUACCCCCUUGCAUUUUUAAUCAGCAACGGGUGGAUUCGGUCCUAUGGCUGCAACAGUAUCCGGGCUGCGGCCGAGUACUUUUCGAAGAGUUGCGUCCCGGGGGCCCUAAGCACCGAAUACAACACCGGAGUGCCUUACGAUAACAUGUGCCACCUGUGCCACGGCGCCAGCUUCCGGUAUUGCCGCCGAGACGCCUCGGAGGACUACUACGGGCACACGGGCGCCUUCAGGUGUCUGGUGGAAGGCGGCGGUCAAGUCGCCUUCGUCACGCAUACGACAGUGACGCAGAAUACCAACGGGAAGAGGGAAGAGUGGUGGGCGAGGGAUAAUCUAAAUGACGAUUUUGAACUACUUUGUCCAGAUGGUACGAGGGCCGAGAUCAACGAGUACGAGAAGUGCAAUUUGGGCAAAGUCAAGGCGAACGCGAUCGUGACCCGCGGCGGUUACGGGUACAACGACACCCACGUGAAUGCGUUUAUUAAUCUAUUUUUGUACGCCCAGAAUUUUUACGGUCGGAAGACGGCCGAUGAAUUUAGUUUCAGCAUGUUUUCGUCAACGCCGCCGUACACCGAUUUGAUAUUCCAAGAUGCGACGACUCAAUUGAAGGUCAUUCCCCCGGAGAAGCGACACUAUGCUGAGUAUCUCGGAAGCGACUUCCUGCGGGCGCGGAGGAUCGUUGAUUGUCACGCCGGAAGUGCCUCUCUAAGUGCCCCAAUCACGCUACUUACGACGAUUGUCGCUUUUGUUAUUGUUAGUUAGUUUUUUAUAGCACUUUUUCUAUUUUUUUAUGUACAAAUUUAUUGUGAACCGUCCAUUUUAACGAGAUUUGUGUGAGGUCCGUCCAUUAUCUUUAUCGUCCAGAUAAGGGAACGAAAAUAGUUACGACGUAAUUAAAAUAUUUAACGAAA